CCAGAACGGAGGGAGGGGGCACCCCCAAACUCUUCCCUCUGCGCCUCUUCUCCGGGGUCUCCUGCGCAUCUAUUCCCUACCCCCGCCCGGGUCAGGACUCCAUUCGGGGCUCCGUCCCUCUCUCCCCUCCCCCUCUUCCCCGGCUCCCCUUCUCCCUCGGCCCCCUCCCCUCAGCGGGUCCUCCUCUUUCUCUCCCCCUCUCUCCUCCCCCUCCCCAUCCCUUCCCCCCCACAAUGCAGUUCGCGGCGCGGCGGACAUGGCGGUGGAACCCUGAGCUCGUCGUGUCCUGGCCUCCAGCGGCGGCGGCAGUGACGGCGGCAGCGGGAGGCGGAGGGGGAGCGGGAGCCACUGAGAUGAGGAGGCGCCGCGCGCGCCUGUAGCUCGCGGGCCUCGCAGUUUGCUUGCCUAAACUGGAUUUGAAGCAAUUCAGACUACUGGAGAUCUGCCACUUUACAAUAUCACAAUUGGAAGGAAGCAGGUUUUCAAAUAAUGGAAGAGUCUAAGAACUCUGAAAAUGAAAAUCAUGAACCAAAGAAGAAUGCUUGGGCUCUUUCUGAAGAAAGCAAAGCAGUUAAAUUUAUAACUAAUCAAACUUUGAAAGCUAGAAAUGAUAAAUCCAUAAAAGAAAUUGGGACCAACUCUCCAAAUAGGAAUAGUAGUAAAAAAAAUAAGCAAAAUGAUAUUUGUAUAGAAAAAGCAGAAGUUAAAUCAUGUAAAGUAAAUGCUGCCAGUGUUCCAGGCCCUAAAGAUUUGGGGUUAGUCCUUCGAGAUCAAAGUCACUGCAAAGCAAAAAAAUCACCGAAUUCACCGGUGAAAGCAGAAAAGGUACCUGUUUCACAGGCAAAAGUAGAAAGGGCACCCAGUUUACAGGCAAAAACAGAAAAAUCACCAAAGUCACUUAAUUCACCAGUGAAAACAGAAAAGGCACCCAGCUCACAGGCAACAGCAGCAGAAAAGACACUUAAUUCACAGAGGAGAGCAGAAAAAGCACCUGGUUCUCAGAUGAAAUCAGAAAAGGUGCCCAGCUUACCAGCAGAAGCUGAGAAGGUACCCAGUUUACUGUUGAAAGAAAAUAUGAGACAGACAGAAUUACAGCAGAUUGGAAAAAAAAUUCCAAGCUCCUUUACUUCUCUGGACAAAGUGAAUAUUGAUGUUGCAGAGGGAGAAAAAUCUGCUCUGGAAAACUCACAACAAUCUCAGAAGCAACAAACAUGUACAGAUAAUACUGGUGAUUCUGAUGAUAGUGCUUCAGGAACUGAAGACAUAUCGGAUGAUUUGAGUAAAAUGAAGAACGAUGAAUCUAAUAAAGAAAAUUCUUCAGAGAUGGACUAUUUAGAAAAUGCCACUGUGAUAGAUGAAUCUACAUUGACACCUGAGCAGAGGCUAGGCUUGAAACAAGCAGAAGAACGCUUAGAAAGAGAUCACAUCUUUCGACUUGAAAAACGCUCACCAGAAUAUACCAAUUGCCGAUAUCUGUGCAAACUUUGCUUAAUUCACAUUGAAAACAUCCAGGGAGCUCAUAAACAUAUAAAAGAGAAACGACAUAAGAAAAACAUUUUGGAAAAACAGGAAGAAAGUGAACUUCGUUCUCUGCCACCUCCUUCCCUUGCCCACUUGACUGCUUUAAGUGUUGCAGUUAUUGAAUUAGCAAAAGAACAAGGAAUAACAGAUGAUGACCUCAGAGUUCGUCAGGAAAUUGUGGAGGAGAUGUCAAAGGUUAUAACAGCAUUUUUACCAGAGUGUUCACUUAGGUUGUAUGGCUCGUCUCUGACUAAGUUUGCUCUGAAAAGUAGUGAUGUUAAUAUAGAUAUAAAAUUUCCUCCCAAGAUGAAUCAUCCAGAUCUUCUGAUACAAGUGCUUGGGAUUUUAAAAAAAAGUGUAUUAUAUGUAGAUGUGGAAUCUGAUUUUCACGCUAAAGUUCCUGUUGUGGUGUGCAAAGAUCGGAAAAGUGGUUUACUUUGUAGAGUGAGUGCAGGAAAUGAUAUGGCAUGCCUCACUACUGAUUUACUUGCUGCUCUUGGCAAAAUGGAACCUGUCUUUACUCCCUUGGUGUUAGCCUUUCGCUAUUGGGCUAAGUUGUGCUAUAUUGACUCCCAAACUGAUGGCGGAAUCCCUUCUUACUGUUUUGCUUUAAUGGUGAUGUUUUUUCUACAACAAAGAAAACCCCCUCUUCUUCCUUGCUUACUUGGAAGUUGGAUUGAAGGCUUUGACCCAAAAAGAAUGGAUGACUUUCAGCUGAAGGGCAUAGUAGAAGAGAAGUUUGUGAAGUGGGACUAUAAUUCAAGUAGUGCAACUGAGAAAAACUCAAUUGCUGAGGAAAACAAAGCUAAGGCAGACCAACCAAAAGAUGAUACCAAGAAGACAGAAACAGACAACCAAAGUAAUGCCAUGAAGGAAAAACAUGGCAAAUCUCCUUUAACACUGGGAACACCAAAUCAGGUGUCCCUGGGACAGUUAUGGUUAGAGCUGCUAAAAUUUUACACACUGGAUUUUGCUUUGGAGGAAUAUGUCAUAUGUGUACGGAUACAAGAUAUUUUAACAAGAGAAAACAAAAACUGGCCUAAAAGGCGAAUAGCCAUUGAAGAUCCAUUUUCAAUCAAGAGGAAUGUUGCACGGAGCUUAAACAGCCAGCUUGUUUAUGAAUAUGUUGUGGAGAGAUUCAGGGCAGCUUAUCGGUAUUUUGCCUGUCCUCAGAGGAAGGGUGGAAAUAAAUCUACAGUGGAUUCCAUUAAAAAAGAGAAGGGAAAAAUAAGCAAUAAGAAACCAGUGAAGUCUGAAAAUAUGGCAUCCAGUUGUUGCAUUCUCCUUGGGGAAAGCACAGAAAAAAUAAGUGCAGAAAGAGGUCAGCCUGAUAAAUAUGAAGAAAUGGAAUGUACAUCACAGAGAUGUAUUACUGAAGAUGAUAAUUUGUUGAUAAAUGAACUAGAUUUGGCUGAACAUGGACAGGAAUCUUCAUCUCUUUCCACCAAUGAAAGCAGUGAAUUAGAGCCAAAAUCAAUUAAGAAACAAGAUGUUUUAGUACCUUCAGAAACUUGUUUUAAAAAGGAGCUCACCCAGUAUAAUUGCAUUGAUUGUAAAUCCCCUGAACCAGAUGAAUCUGCUGGUACAGACUGCAGGUCAAAUUUAGAAACAGAAAGUUCACAGCACAUUGUAUGCACUGACACAUCUGCUACCUCUUGCAACUGCAAAGCUACAGAAGAUGCUUCUGACCUUAAUGAUGAUGAUAACCACCCCACCCAGGAAUUACAUUUUGUGUUUGAUAAAUUUAUUUUAACCUCUGGCAAGCCGCCAACAAUAGUAUGCAGCAUCUGCAAAAAGGAUGGCCAUUCAAAAAAUGAUUGCCCAGAGGAUUUCAGGAAAAUUGAUCUAAAGCCUCUACCACCAAUGACAAAUCGAUUUCGGGAAAUACUUGAUUUAGUAUGUAAAAGAUGUUUUGAUGAAUUGUCACCACCUUUUUCUGAACAACACAACAGGGAGCAAAUUUUAAUUGGCUUGGAAAAGUUUAUUCAAAAAGAAUAUGAUGAAAAGGCAAGAUUGUGCUUAUUUGGCUCUUCUAAGAAUGGAUUUGGAUUUCGUGAUAGUGAUCUGGAUAUUUGUAUGACCCUUGAAGGCCAUGAAAAUGCAGAGAAAUUAAAUUGUAAGGAAAUAAUUGAAAAUUUGGCGAAAAUUCUUAAGAGACAUCCAGGUUUAAGAAACAUUUUGCCUAUAACUACUGCCAAAGUGCCUAUAGUAAAAUUUGAACACAGACGAAGUGGUUUAGAAGGCGAUAUCAGUUUAUAUAAUACGUUGGCUCAGCAUAACACAAGAAUGCUAGCUACAUAUGCAGCUAUUGAUCCUAGAGUGCAGUACUUGGGAUAUACUAUGAAAGUGUUUGCUAAGCGAUGUGACAUUGGAGAUGCUUCCAGGGGAAGUUUAUCUUCAUAUGCUUAUAUCCUUAUGGUGCUGUACUUUCUGCAGCAGAGAAAACCACCUGUUAUCCCAGUUCUACAAGAGAUCUUUGAUGGAAAACAGAUUCCACAGAGAAUGGUUGAUGGAUGGAAUGCUUUUUUCUUUGAUAAAACAGAAGAACUGAAAAAACGUUUACCUUCACUUGGAAAGAACACAGAAACAUUAGGAGAGCUUUGGUUGGGACUGCUUCGCUUCUAUACUGAAGAAUUUGAUUUCAAAGAAUAUGUAAUUAGCAUUCGGCAGAAAAAGCUGUUGACAACUUUUGAGAAGCAGUGGACGUCCAAAUGCAUUGCGAUUGAAGACCCUUUUGAUUUGAAUCAUAACCUUGGUGCUGGAGUUUCUAGAAAAAUGACCAAUUUCAUCAUGAAAGCAUUUAUCAAUGGAAGGAAACUUUUUGGUACCCCCUUUUAUCCACUCAUUGGCAGAGAAGCUGAGUACUUCUUUGAUUCCAGAGUACUAACAGAUGGAGAACUGGCUCCCAAUGAUCGAUGUUGCCGUGUGUGUGGAAAAAUAGGCCACUACAUGAAAGACUGCCCUAAAAGGAGAAGCAGUUUACUGUUUAGACUAAAGAAGAAAGACAGUGAAGAAGAGAAGGAAGGGAAUGAAGAGGAGAAAGACUCCCGAGACCUUCUUGACCCCCGAGACCUCCACGACACUCGAGACUUUAGAGACCCCAGAGACCUCAGAUGUUUUAUCUGUGGAGAUGCAGGACAUGUGCGAAGGGAGUGCCCAGAGGUCAAGCUGGCCCGUCAGAGGAAUAGCAGUGUGGCAGCAGCCCAGCUGGUCCGCAAUCUUGUAAAUGCCCAACAGGUGGCUGGUUCAGCCCAACAACAAGGUGAUCAGUCCAUAAGGACUAGACAGUCCUCAGAAUGUUCUGAUUCACCAUCUUAUUCUCCUCAGCCCCAGCCAUUUCCACAGAACUCUUCCCAAUCCACUGCCAUUACCCAGCCUCCAUCUCAGCCAGGAUCCCAACCCAAGCUUGGCCCACCUCAGCAGGGGGCCCAGUCCCCCCAUCAGGUCCAGAUGCCUAUGUAUAACUUUCCUCAGUCACCACCAGCUCAGUAUUCUCCCAUGCACAAUAUGGGAUUGUUGCCAAUGCACCCCCUCCAGAUCCCUGCCCCAUCCUGGCCUAUUCACGGCCCAGUGAUCCAUUCUGCACCAGGCAGUGCCCCCAGCAAUAUUGGCCUGAACGAUCCCAGCAUCAUCUUUGCACAGCCUGCUGCCAGACCUGUGGCGAUCCCCAGCUCCUCUCAUGAUGGACACUGGCCUCGUACUGUGGCUCCAAAUUCCCUGGUGAACAAUGGCACAGUGGGAAAUUCGGAGCCAGGAUUUCCAGGACUAAAUCCUCCAAUUCCUUGGGAACAUGCACCACGACCCCAUUUCCCUCUUGUCCCAGCUUCGUGGCCUUAUGGUUUGCAUCAGAACUUCAUGCAUCAGGGAAAUGCCAGAUUUCAGCCCAACAAACCUUUCUAUACUCAAGACAGAUGUGCCACCCGUCGGUGUAGAGAGCGUUGUCCCCACCCACCGAGAGGAAACGUGUCGGAGUAAUGCGAGUCCAUUUUCUUUCAGCUGGUCUACCGAUGCACAGCAACCAGCCAAUCCUGCUGUCUCAAGGGUAUCCGUACCUCAAUGUCAGUUACAUUCAGCAGAAAAAGUGACAUUUAAUGGAAAGCAAAACAAAUCAGGUCCUGAUUUAAAAUUUUAACACGUUUAGAUAGCUUAUUUAAAUUCUAAGACUGUUUUUAAAGACUGUAUUAUUUGUAUAUAAAUAUGAACUAUAGUUUUUACUAGUAUCACCAAAUUGAGUGAUACAAAUUUCAUCUAUUUUAUUACCCUAUUUUUAAGGGAAUUUUAUGUUUUGUUUAACCUUGAUGAAUUGUAUAAAGAGAGAAUUUAAAAAUUACAUUCUUUAUUUUCUAUUAGCUGUAUUCAUACUUUGGUUGCUUCAGACUUUAUAUAUAUUGUUCUUAAGAAUUAGGAAAGACUUUCAUGUGUUUUAAAUUUGUCACUUCUAUUCUUUACAGAACCUUGUAGUGCCAAAAACUUUUUAAAAGGUAAAAAAAAAAUAAAAACUUCAACAUGAAGAUUUAGAAUUUUUUUCUUUUACAUUCUUGUAUAUUGAAAAUAUUCCAACUUGAACAGAAAUUUGCUUUUGUCUGUAUUUGAAGUAAUUCUAUUUUAAGUUAAUAAAUCUUUUUGACAAGA